AAUUCAGCGGAAGAAAAGAGGUCUCAGCAAAUUUCCGGUAAAGCAAAUUUUGAAAAAACAGAAAUAGCUUAUCCGCUAAACCAACCGAAUUAAAAACAGAAAAGGUUUGUCCUCUUGCAUCUCCCUCCAGAAACCUCCAAUUCUCCAAAACCCUAAAAAUAAAAAUUCGCCAAAUCCCCAAAUUUCGCAAACCCAAUUUCGAAAUUAGGUUUGAAAUUUGUCCAAUCGUAUCAAAUUAAACUUCAUCGAUCUCUUCACGUUCUUCAUUUCUAGCAGAAUCCAAUGGAUUUCGACGAGUACGAAUACUUGGAGAAGACGGUGGAAGAAAGAGAGGGUCGGUCGAAGAAGGAGAGCAGCGGGGAAAAGAGAGAGAAAGGGUACAGGAAGAGGAAGGAUGUUGAAUGGGAUGAUCAUCGUGAAGAAGAUGAUGAAGAUGAGAGGAAGAAGUCCAGAAGCGAGGAUGCAAAUGGAGGUGGAGUUGAGAAAAAGCGGGAGGACAGGGAUAGGAAACUAGAGAAAGAAGACAGACACAGGGGUAGGGAUAGGGAUGGAGAAAGAGAAAGGGGCAAAGAUAGGGAUAGGGAUGGAGAAAGAGAAAGGGGCAAAGAUAGGGAUAGGGAUGGAGAAAGAGAAAGAGAAAGGGGCAAAGAUAGGGAUAGGGAUAGGGAUGGAGAAAGAGAAAGGGGAAGGGGCAGAAAUGGAGAUAGGGAGAGAAGGGACAGGGGUAGAGAUAGAGAUAGGGAGAGAAGGGACGAAGAGAAGGACAGGGAGAGAGAGAGGAGAGAUAAAGAGAGGGAGAGGAGAGGGAGAGAGAAAGAGGACAGAGAGAAGGAAACAGAGAAUGUAAAGGAGACAGAAAACGGAAAGGAUACAGAGAAGGAGAGUGAGAGUGAGAAGGAGAUUGAGAGGAAGAGGCGAAGCAGCAGUCAGUCAAAGCGGCAUGAUAGCCGAGAGCGAGAGAUGAGUCGGGAGAGAGAGAGGCGAAGUAGUAGUCGGUCAAAGCAGCAUGAUAUCAGGGAGCAGGAGAUGAGUAGAGAGAUAAGAGAAAGAGAGUUCAGAGAAACUGAGUCCAGAGAUAGCAGGAGAAUCAAGGAAAAAAAAGAAGCAGUGGAGCCUGAAGUUGACCCAGAGAGGGAUCAGAGAACAGUUUUUGCAUACCAGAUGCCUCUUAAAGCAGCUGAGAGGGAUGUCUAUGAAUUUUUUUCGAAAGCUGGCAAGGUGAGGGAUGUCAGGCUGAUCAUGGACCGGAAUUCAAGGCGUUCAAGAGGGGUUGGGUAUGUUGAAUUCUAUGAUGCUAUGUCCGUACCAAUGGCUAUUGCUAUGUCUGGCCAGCCAUUUCUUGGGCAGCCUGUGAUGGUGAAGCCAUCUGAGGCUGAAAAGAACCUUGUCCAACCUACAGCUUCUACUGGUACUGCUGUUACGGGACCUUAUGGACCGACUGAUAGAAAGCUAUACGUUGGUAAUUUACACUUUAAUAUGACAGAGCAGCAAUUGCGUCAGAUCUUUGAAUUACAUGGUCCUGUGGAGCUGGUGCAACUUCCCCUUGACCUUGAGACUGGACACUGCAAAGGUUUUGGGUUUGUUCAAUUUGUUCACGUUGAACAUGCAAAGGCAGCGCAAGGUUUAAAUGGGCAAGUUGAAAUUGCUGGAAGAUAUAUUAAGGUUUCAUCCGUCACUGAACAUGUUAGUGGACAAGAUACUGGAACAACUGCAGCUGACUUUGAUGAUGAUGACGGGGGUGGUAUGGCUUUAAAUGCCAGGUCCAGAGCAUUGCUAAUGCAAAAGCUGGAUCGCAGUGGUACAGCUUCAAGCAUUGCAGGAACUCUAGGUGUAUCGGUUCUUAAUAGCACAGCUUCUCUCCAGCCGCCGUCCGUGUUCAAUGGACAUUCUGUCAUUCCCACUCCCGCUCUUCCUAGGCAACUCCUUCCUUCCCCAGCUUCUGAAGCUGUAGGCACCCCUAGUGAGUGUCUGCUUUUGAGAAAUUUAUUUGAUCCAGCCACCGAGACUGAUCCAGAGUUUUUCUUGGAAAUUAAAGAAGAUGUUGAAGAGGAAUGCUCAAAGUUUGGUCAAGUGAGACAUAUCUAUGUUGACAAGCAUAGUGCUGGUCAUAUCUACUUGCGUUUUGACAAGAAGGAAGCUGCAAUGAAUGCUCAGCGUGGAAUGCAUUUGAGGUGGUUUGCUCGUAGGUUGAUAACAGCCAUCUACAUGCAACCUCAAGAUUAUGAAGCUAAGUUUGCAGAUGUCGUAUGGCUUUGAUUAAUGGAAUCUAGUGUUCCUUGGGACUUCCUUCAGAAAGAGAUUAUGAACUUAUGAAGUUAAGUUUGUAGAUGCUACUUGAAGAAUCACCCAAUUGCAGCAACCUCGUGGAUUCUGUCCCAAGAGAAAUAUAAUCCGUGUUUUCUUUUUGAAAUCUGGUAGUUGGAUUUUUAGAUAAUGUGUGUAUUUAACUACAAAAAUAACUAUGUCGUGUAAUUUUAUCGUCACUUGGCAAUUUAGCAUCUGCAAGCUGCCAUUAAAUUCUUGUCUUAAUGCAGCUUUUUAUCAUGCAAUAA